AUGGAAACUGUGAACAUGCCCUUAGCUCAGAACUAUCCGACGGGAGAGGUAGCAGUUCGGCUUGACGACCUCGGCUGCGGCUUUUGCUACUUCCAGUUCUACGAAGAUAACAAGAAGCGCACGCUACUGGCAACUCUGGAUGAACAUGCUGUAGGGUCUGCCGGAAAACCCGGGGGCAAGAAGAUGAUUCUGACUAGAGAGUGUGGGAUCAUUUUGGACGGCCAAGACGUUAUUCUCAAGACCUGGCGCUGGGAUCCUAAAGCGCAGCGAGCUGGCUCACCACCGUCGGAGCCCGUUGUCAUCAACCUUAACGACAGCCUGGUAUUUACUUAUCGAGAUCACAGCUCGAUUUCCAUCAAGUUUGCUCCAUGUCCCGGUAUUCUGGUGGAUUUCGCUUGUGGUGAACGCCUUCGCCGGACGGACUCGUAUUUCGACCACGCUCACCGUGUUACAGAAGGACCUCAGCGCGGGAAGUUGCGAAUUGACCAGGACGUGCCGACCUUACAGCAGCGACAAAAGCUUAUAGAACUCGACUCACUCGAGAAAAGGAGCAAGUCCAAACCACGAAGCAAAGACCUCGCUCACGGCCAGAUCAAGCGAAUAGUUUCGACGCUGGAAACGAAGUUCGACGGGUACGAAGGGUGCCGCGUCACACCAGCAGCAGACGGGAACUGGAGAGAAAAAGCUCAUCUACAAAGUCUCCGGGAAAUUCCUGUUUUACCUGUCACGGGUUUCGAGGUUGGUCAAGUGCCCACACUCUUCGGUUCCGAGGUGCAGACCAACGAUGCGUCCGAGUCACUAAAGCGCCUGAAAAACGACUUCAACGGGAAGUGGCUCGGAUCUGUGGAGAUCCACAAAAUGAUCACUCAGGAGAACCCUGGACUGCCACGAACUGGGUCCUUGACGAAUGCGAGCGGGCGCUACUCGCAAGAGCUGCAAGUUGCAGGAGGCGGCACAAAGCCAGUAGGCGAGCACUUGGCCACGAUCUCCGGCUCGAAGCUCGAUUCGUUCCUUCGUGAGAAAUGUGCUAAUGACGAGUUGGUGGUGGUCGCUUGCCUGCGUGCCGACGAUCGCCAUUCGCGUGCCGCGGAGGCAAUGCUGAAGCAGGUGCAAUUGAUUCUCUCGAAGCGAAUGCGGAAUCCGGAGCGUCCGACGACUGCAGCGGCGGACAAUAAAUGUCGUCUCGUCAAGUGCGACCUCGCCGAGUCCGGAGCUCUGGCUGCCCGUUAUCAAAUUCACGCCGUGCCCACAUUCCUCAUGUAUGGUUGUUUAGUUGUCUAG